UUUUUUUGUGGGAGUGAGUAAGUUUGGAUCUGUGAGACUUCUUUCUGUUAGGAAAGGUGUGCCCGGCUGAGGUUUUCUUAGGAUUUAGUCCUUUAGUUUCGAUAAAAUUUUUUAGGAUACUUCCACAUGUCCUAAUCAAUAUAAGACUCAAUUCUUGGAAUCUGAGAGGGAGAUGGCUUCGAUCGAAAACGCAGAAUACCAUGGAGAAACUGAAGGGGGACAACCUAUGUUGCCAUACAAAUCAUCCUCACCGGAGCCAUUGAGUUCCAUGCUUGAGGAUACUCUUUCUGAUGACAGCUUGCCAUACUUCAAGCGUCUCAGGAGUGCUACAUGGAUCGAACUCAAUAUCCUCUUCCGCCUUGCAGCGCCCGCUGUUGUUGUUUACUUGCUUAACAAUGUCACCUCCAUGUCCACCCAAAUCAUGUGCGGUCAUCUGGGCAAUCUUGAGCUUGCUGCUGCAUCUCUUGGUAACAAUGGGAUCCAGAUUUUCGCUUAUGGACUCAUGUUAGGGAUGGGAAGUGCAGUGGAGACGCUGUGUGGUCAGGCUUAUGGAGCUCAUAAGUAUGAGAUGCUAGGGAUUUAUGUCCAAAGGUCAACCAUCCUCCUCAUGGCAACUGGGAUCCCACUUACUGUCAUCUAUGUAUUCUGCAAACAACUCUUGCUCUUAUUAGGUGAAUCAGAGUCCAUUGCAUCUUCAGCUGCACUGUUUGUUUAUGGUCUCAUUCCACAAAUCUUUGCCUACGCUGCCAAUUUUCCUAUCCAAAAGUUCCUUCAAGCUCAAAGCAUUGUGUUCCCUAGUGCAUAUAUAUCAGCAGCUACAUUUACCAUGCAUCUGUUGCUAAGUUGGGUUGCAAUAUUCAAGUUGGGAUGGGGGUUACUUGGUGCUGCCUUGGUGUUGAGCUUCUCGUGGUGGGUCAUAGUUGUGGCUCAGUUUGUGUACAUUUUGGUCAGCAAAAAGUGCAAGCGCACAUGGCAAGGGUUUAGCCUCCAGGCCUUCUCAGGGCUAUGGGAGUUCUUGAAGCUAUCCAUUUCUUCUGCCGUAAUGCUGUGCCUGGAGACUUGGUACUAUCAGAUUCUAGUACUGAUUGCUGGGUUGCUCAAAAAUGCUGAAAUUGUCUUGGAUGCUCUUUCCAUCUGCAUGACAAUAUGGGGAUGGGUGUACAUGAUUGCGGUGGGUUUCAAUGCAGCUGCUAGUGUGAGGGUCAGCAAUGAGCUGGGGGCAGGGCAUCCCAAAUCAGCAUCAUUUGCUGUUGUGGUGGUAACAUUAAGCUCUUUAUUCAUUGCCCUGAUCUUCGCCAUUCUCGUGCUUGUUUUGCGCCAUGUCAUAAGCUAUGCCUUCACAAGUGGUUCAACCGUUGCUGAUGCAGUCUCAGAACUGGCUCCCUAUCUCGCCAUCUCCAUCCUCCUGAGUGGUGUUCAACCCGUUUUGUCUGGUGUGGCUGUGGGAUGUGGAUGGCAAACAUUUGUUGCUUAUGUUAACGUUGGCUGCUAUUACUUCAUCGGCAUCCCAUUGGGUUGCGUUCUUGGAUUCAAGUUUGACCUUGGUGCAAAGGGAAUUUGGUCGGGAAUGCUUGGUGGAACUGUUGUGCAGACUCUUAUCUUAUUGUAUGUCACUUUCCGCACCGAUUGGGUUCAAGAGGUACACGACAUUCCUUUUUUUGUCACGUUCUAGUUCGAUUAUUACUUAUUUAAAAGUUAAAACUUUCCAUGUGAACCUGCAUUAAAAAAUAAAAGAAGAAAAGUUUU